GGGACGUAUUUGUGCGUUUUCAUGGCAAUGGAAAGUAGCGUGACUUGUCCCAUCUGUCUAGGGUUGCUUUACAAACCUAUAUUGCUUCCAUGCAGUCAUGUGUUUUGCCGGGAAUGCAUCCUUUCGGCUGUCGAUUUAACUGCGUCACAAUGCCCUCUGUGCCGGUUCAGAUUAUCGAAUUGGUUACGCAAGAUAAGAGACAUUGACUCCGUUAUCAGCCAUGAACGGGAACACCAACUCCGCAGUCUAUUUCCCAGUUACUACAAAGAGAAGGAUUUAGGAAAGUCCCCCGUGCUUUCUAAAUCAGAUCUUGCUUCUAUCAAACGCAUCACUGGUGGAGGCAACCCUCGCGAUGGUCAGUUAGUAUCAGGAGGGGAGCUACAUGACGAUUAUUUAAAGGAAGUUGAAAAGUACUCUCGUUUACGCAAAAUGGAAGAGAAGAAAAAUGAGGAAGCAUCUCUUGCUUUAGCCUCUCAACUGUUAGCUGAAGAUGAACUGGAGGCUUCAAUUUAUGUGCCAUCCGGUGAUCCAGCAAACCGCUUGGCGGCUUCAGCAAUGGACACACUUAUUGAUGGAUCCAUCAAACUUUCGAACUCCGUCAGAAAGUGUCCCAUCGCUACUUAUCACAGAGCUUCUCGUCGUCAGCGUACAACGUUACUGGACUACGCGGUUUUGCAGUCAAACCGCCAGAAUAUUGAGAAUAAUGAGGAGCCCAAAAAGAAUGACAAUCAGGACGAGGUGUUUGCUCGUGAGCUGCAGUCGAAAUACUCCUCAACAUUUUCGCAACUGGUUUCAGUGCCUCAACGCAAAAGGCGCUGUCGACGUUCGCGCCGAUGAACCUCGGACUGGUCCUGCACAGCACUCAGUUACCGUCAACCAUUAUUUUUCUGCAUUUAUGUCUCAUGCGACAUAUAUUUGUCUCCUCAGAACAUUACUUUUGACGGCUUGUUUUCAUUGUUUAAGCAGAAACAACUACCAUUCUCUUUCCUUUAACGGACGGACUUCUGUACUUACGCCUUUGUUAACUUGUGACCCUUAUAGUGCUCUUAUUAUUCUUGGUCUGCAUCUUUUGUCCGGGGAAAUGCGUCUAACUGUCAGUCACAAGCUGCUUCAUGCGACCCUUUCCUCGCGUCUCUCCUGUGUCUUCUGUUGUAGUUAUACAUUUAUGUAUUACGCUUUCUGAUUUGUCUCAGCUUAACCACCCUCGAACGGUCUGCUUAAUCCAUCCAUACAUCCAUCACUUCCAAAAACUUUCCUUGACAUCUGUUCCGAUAUUUCUUACACCUAAAACAAAUGUGCUUGUAAGCAGUCUUUGCUUGCCCAUUGCUCACAUCACCUUCUCUAUCUCACCCUUUGUUGUUGAACUGUAGACACUGACCCGAGUGUAGGCUAUGAUUUCCCGAACGUCUAGCUUGAUGGAGAUGUACCGUUUCUCUCCCGGUUAGCACUAUUUUGAUCUUUUUCGACCGCCAUAUUUUUUGUGGUCCUGCUUGAAUUAAACUGUUGCCACUAUUCUUUACAACCGGUACCAUAAAUCGAGAAGAUGGAGUCGUUAUGGCAGUCAACGACAGCGCUCGGUACCCUAUUAAUGGGUCAACGUAUUGCUUAUCGUUGGCCACUUUCCCCUCCCUUUGUGUCAACUUAUCAACCGAUAUGCAUACAAUCAAAUUUGCCUUUG